GAUGUCAGGAAACCACACACCUAACUUCCUCUGUGAGUUGCUGCUAACCCAGUCAGUGUGCAUUGAAAUGACAAGCAGACGGAUUCACGGACAGACCAGAAGUGUGCGUGCUGUGUCCAAGGUGUCGUUUAUUGAUCAGGGCCAGAUGGACGGGACCAGGUGUUUCCAGGUGCAGAUGUGGACGUCCGCUCUACUGCUUGUCCUGAGUCAGCUCGUCAAAAGAGGCCAGGCAGAGGUGCUUGUCCAGGUGCAACCUGGUCCUAUCUACCGUGUGAUCGACCACCCCCUUUCCAUCUCCUGUAACGCGACUGGCUUUGCCCAAGACGCACACUUCGAGUACUUAUUCUUCAAGCCCAAUAAGCCUAACCAGGAAAUCAGAAUCAUCAGUACAAAAGAUCCAGGCUUCGCAUACGCCAUGUUCUCGCAGCGUGUGAGUAAGAAGGACAUAACUCUGGAGCGCCUGUCCGCCACCUCGGCCCUGUUCCACAUCACAAAGCUGCAGGAUUCAGACGACGGCGUGUACGAGUGUCACUCCCCCAACCCGGUGGAUGAAGACUACCUUGGCACGUACUCUGCAAAGAUCACUGUGAAGGUGAUCAAGGACACCUUAACUAUCUCCUCCAUGAACCCUGCCCCCAUGACUGUCUCCGAGGGCGUCACCCUCACCCUGCAAUGCCUCGCCUCCUCCAACACGGUCCAGCACACCCACCUCUCCCUCACCUGGUACUUCCAAGGACAUGGAGAGACCUCACCCACUCCCAUCAUCUCCCUGAACCGGGAUUUGAUGGUGAGUCCAGGGGUGCGGUUUGAGGGGCGCUAUCAGGCUGGUCUGAUUGGUCUGGAGAAGGUCGGGGAGGCCACCUAUACGCUGAGGAUGGCACAGCUGCAGGUGUCUGACACAGGAAGCAUCUACUGCCAGGCCCAAGAGUGGAUCCAGGAACCAGACCGCAGCUGGUAUGCUAUCACACAGAAGGACGCCGAGAAGACCGCCCUGGAAGUCAAAGCUAAAGAGGUGACCUCAACCCAGGGCUCCGUGGCGGUGCAUGUUUCUACACCGCAGGCUGAGCUGCAGGAAGGGGAGGAGCUGGCGGUGGUCUGCAGGGUGGAGGUUCAGGGCCAGGCGGCCCACUUCUUCUCCCUGUCCUGGUUCAGAGACGGGGUGGAGCUGGCCGGCAUCGGCCCCACCGGGGUGCUGACGUUCGGGCCAGAAUACAGUGGGCGGCAGAGUGGUGGUGAGCUGAGGGCCACACGGACUGGCGAGAGAGAACACCUGCUCACCUUGCGGCCAGUCAGAGCCCAGGACCAGGGCGGUUACCUGUGUAGGGUGUGGGCGGAGGAAGGAGAUGGGAGUGGCGUCUUCACCAAGGGUGCCAGUCAGGAUUCCGGCGUACAGCCAAUCAGCAUCUCAGCAACACAAAGUGGAUUGUCUGUUGCCAUGGAGACCAAUGACGGAAGUAUCAAAGAAGGUGACAGGCUACAGCUCACCUGCAGAGUGACUGGGUUCAAAGGUCGUCUGUCAGUCUCCUGGCAACACAGGUCAGCGACAACCAACCGCUUCACUGAUGUCAUAACCCUGAGCCAAGACGGGGUGAUGGAGACAGGGGUCGAGUUUGGGCAGCGUGGCGUCAGCGCUUUGCGUCCAACACCGUCUGACUUCACUCUCCAGCUGAGCGACGUCACGCCGGGCGACGCGGGCAACUACCAGUGCACAGUGUCAGAGUGGACCACCGAAAACAACGGCAACGCCAAGAAAACCCACAGCCAAUCCCAACAGUGCACUGUGUCGGUCACUCCCAUAGAGGCCUUGUUGAAAGUGAAGCUCUACAGCAGAGACAGUUCAGUGGCAGAAGGGGGCAGUGCGGAGCUGCAGUGUCUGGUCAAAGGACCCCGUCUCCCCGUCACCGUCACCUGGAGCCAUCGGCAUGCCGACGCGUCGUCCCCGGAUACCAUCCUCACAGUGGCGCACAAUAAUGACAUCACCUGGGGAGGGGAUCAGAGCAGCUACCAGCUGAGGACGGUAACCAAGUCGGAUUCAGUGCUCUAUGUUUUGCGCAUUGAAGCGGCGAGCCAAAGGGAGGCAGGCCAGUACCAGUGUUUGAUCUCCGCCUUUCUGCAGAAUACCCACAGAAAGCAACUGAUCUCAAACUUUUUGGGGUUUAGAGUUCAGCCCCCAGUCAGUAAACUCUCUCUGGCUGUGAGUCCUGCCAACCAGGAGCACCUUGUCAACACAGAUGUCCAGAUGACAUGCUCUGCCCUCGGUGUGACCUCAGAGUCUUCCCGGCUGGCUGUCACCUGGUUCGUCGAGGCGACGGCGGGAACGAACCGAACCCUCCUCAGCUCUGACCGUGAUGGUGUGGUUACACUGGGGACAUCAGAGGGCAUGGGGUCCAGGCAGCCAAUCAGCAUGCAGAGAGGCAAGAUGAGUUUUGAGCUGACCAUACGGCAGGCCAGGAUCGGGGACAGUGGGCGUUACCGCUGUGUGGUGACGGAGUGGCUUCAGGAUGCUCACAACCAAUGGUACGCGUUGGCUCCUCCCUCCUCCGCCGUCUCCGAGCUCCUGGUAAAAGAGAAAGUGAGUGACUUCGAAGUGGACCAGACCGAUCUUCAGCUGCAGGUGAGAGAGGGUCAAGACGUGGAGAUGAACUGCACCCUGACCUCAGGGGCGUCCGACCCCGUCCAUCUCUACGCCCUCACCUGGUUCCACACCGGCGCUCUCCCCUCCGCUGCCAGAGUCCCCCUGGUUGUGCUCGAGCGGGGCGGGGCGUUGAGGUACCCGGGGAACCACCAGAGGACAAGGGCGCUGCACUUUUCCAGACCCAGUGAGAGCAGCUUCCUCUUGGGGUGGAGGAGGGCGGCGGAGGAGGAUAGUGGAGCCUACGCCUGCCUGGUGGAGCAGUACCAGCUCAACACCGAGGGUGGUUGGGAGAUAAGGGCCUCUGACACAUCAGGCAGCACCAACCUCACUGUGCGACGCCCAGAGAGUAAUCUGCAAGUGCUGAAACAGGAUUGUCACCUCAACCUGACCAUGAAACCGCCGGCUUUCGACAUCAGCUGUAACAUCACCUCACGCACGAGCCAAACCUCAGAACUGCAGGUCACAUGGUUUUCGCGGCGAGCCACGGGGGGAGAAGGGGACGCCACUCUCCCCAUCUUCCGAGCCCACCGAGACUUCACCCUGCACGACCUGAAGAGGCCCGGCCACCGCCUGAGUUUUGGCCGACCGUCCCCCUCCCUCUACGCCCUGGCUGUCACCAUGGCAACCCCCUCGGACAGUAGGGUGUACCACUGCGAGGUGGAGGAGUGGCUGCAGUCUCCGUCACUCACCUGGAGGAGAGUGGCACAGGACAGGUCUGGAGAUCUGACCGUCAGCGUGCAUGCGGAAGGAGCUGUGCAGUCAAUCUCGGGAUUAGAGUGCCUAUCGGGGACCAUACUGGGCGUGCUGUUACCCGUUGUCUGUUUGCUGGCCUUGGUAGUUGUAGUUUUAGUAUGGAGGCUGAAGGGACAGCCGCAAUCCAGAAACAAGAAGCAGGCGAACUCUCUGUGGGCAGAGGAAUACCCACUAAAGACCCAACCAAUAGACCUAGACAGUCUACCUGGACCAUUAGAUCUGGACUGAGCGCGAGCAGAAGGGACACAGACAGGAGUGUCUCCAUCCAGCGAUCACUGUGUUCAGUGUUGGAGAGGAGAAAGACAGGAAGUCAUACUGAGACAAGCGUCUUCAGUUAGAAGAGGUAACGUAAAGGUCAGGUUUUUUUUUUUUUGUACCUGUAACCUCUUGAUAUGCAGUAGUAUGCUCUUAUUACUUAGCUCAAUCCCCCUUGUGAGCACAUGCUGUGGCAGACCCAGACCCAGAGCCAACUUGACAUGAAUGUGUUUUUCAGUGUUCAUAGGUACUGUAAGUGAGGAUUUCCCUUGUUUUCAAAAUAUUUUCAACAUUGAAUUUGCCUGUUUUAUAUUGUAAUAAACGUUGCUCAAAAAAUAUUUGUUGUUGGAAUCUGUUCUAGAUCUGUGUUUGCGUGUGUGUUCCCUACAAGUUUCACAGUGUCUGGGCAUGAGACAAACCACUUUGUUGUCAGACAGGAGGUUGUGGGUUUUCUGCUGACGUGUGGUCUGAAAAGAUCAUCAAAUUUUGCAACAGAUCGAAAGACAGACACGCACACACACACACACACACACACACACUUUUUGGUGUCUGAAAGGUAAUCUUUUGACAGAUCAGUAAAAUGUCUCUCUCUAGUGGUAAGAAAAAGGUUGUGUGUUAUGUUUUUAUGUAUAUUUCCUUUCCGAGACAUUCAGGCUGCAGCACGUCCACAACAGACACUAGAUGUCCACCACGCACUGCAAAUGACCUGUGGAAGCGCCGCGUUGCAGGGAGGCGAUUCCAUCCUCAGCACAGGGGGCAGGUCUCAUCUGCAGCAACAGCAACACGAAGGUCUGUCCAACCGUGUGCAAAGUCAAGUGACGACGCCAAGCACAUUCAGUUCAAUGUCGAUGAAAGACCAACACAUUGUCUCUGAAGGCGUCAAGCUAAUGCUGUCUUUGCGACCCCCACACCAGGUACUUAGAACCCUGGAGGAAGCUGACGUAGAACCUUGAGUGACUGGUUUUUAUGCUCAUCAAGCUAUAAAGGUUCUUGUAUAUUUCUUCACGUAGCAGACCUUUUUAUUCAAAGAGAUGUUCAAACUGUCCAUGCAGGAGUUACGACUGAUCAUCAAGGACCAGAAGGGCACAGUUGUAACAAUACAUGAAUCUGAGAAAAAUGGCUCUUCAUGAAGCUGCACAGGAAGACAUGAGCAAUGUGAGCUACUGAAAUACUGAAAUGUGCAACAGGUGUGUCAAUGCCGACAGAGUCCUCAGCAGAGGAAGUGGUGGUUUUGUCAGAGACAUUGAGAACCUGGAGGACAGGAAAGACUGCAUGCUUGAACAGGAAACUGAACCCAGCGGUAUCUGAACCAAAACACCCACAGCAGAAUCUGAGCCAUUUUAUAUCAAAGGUCCCUCAUAGACAUUGAUGUUUCAUGUUUGAGCUCACAAAGCACACAGAGAAUGGUUAAACUGUUGGAUAGGUUUACUGUGAAUUGUAGAAAGAAGUGUACUGUACAAUUAGAAAGGAAAAAAAAAAGAUACUUGACGACCAAAAGGGUGUGAAAUCUCUGAAGGGUUCACCGAUGGUCAUAUGCAAACAUGGGAUGUCUUGACAGCAUUUUUUUUUAGAGAAAAGACAGAAAAGGGCUGUGAAACUAAACACUGACUGUCAAAAGGAUAUUUAGGUCUGUUCAACAACCACCUCCUCUUUUUUGCUUGUUCUGUCUCACUUUUGAAUCAUCACAAUAAAAACUGUUAACUU